AAACAUCGUUUGAAUCAGUGACACCUGUCACCUCUUGUCCAAGUACUGAGCAGUCAUAUGCUUUGAGGUCUAAAAGGAUGAAGUGUGAAUCAUAUAAAACCUGUGGUGGGGAACCAUGCGUCUAUCACUGUGCCAUGAAUCCGUGGGGAAAUGCAACUGUGGAAGUGUGCGCACCUGAAACUCUUAUAACAGGCUACUAUUGUCCCCAUUUUAGCACAGGGGUCGGCAGAAUUUUAGAACACUACAGUUACCCUUGCAAGGAUUGUCCUUUCAAUUAUCUAUCAACAACGUCAUAUAAAUACAAAUCAUGCUACAACUUCAUAAAAACAUCUGAAGAAACUAAGCAGAUAGCGACUGCUACAGAACAACAAACAGCUAAAGGAAUUAGUACUGCCUUUGUGACUAAACCGAAUCCAUGUUCUGGGCACCAGCAGGGUAGAAACCGUAGAAGACUGAAAAGACCAGUAAUAUGUGGCAACAGUGCAACUACUGUCAUAUCUCCGACACAGAAACCUCCCAAAGAAAAGAUAUCCAAUUCCUCUCUGGAAGGAGCUAUUUUAUCAAGAUCUACUGAAAUGACUGAUUCUGGUGCAACAGAUUCAAAUACAAGGUCUGAAUAUGAAACAGCCAUCAUCUGUGGGACAGUUUUUGGAAUUUUGACAUUAAUCAUUACAAUUGUUAUCAUUGUCAUUUUAUUGCACAGAAAAGGAUAUGCGAGUUGUGCAGAUUGUUCACAGACAAAAAAAUUGAAGAAGAAGCAUAAGAAUUAUGAAGGUCCAGAAACACAAGGUACAGUGUUACAUCUUUACUUCACCUGAGCUUUCCUUUUCAAAAUUUGUCCAGGACUGACAACUGUCUGUAUGUAAACAUUUCACACUUAUGACUUCACACCAAAACAAGGAUAUAAAUGCUGGUUAUAAAGUAUGUGGGUUUUUUGCUGCCCCAUGUAAAUUAAGAUAACACAAUAUAACUCAUUUGAUUAUAUUACUUACGGUAUCAGGACUGUGUACAGAAAUUCAUAGGAGGCAAGGGAAACAACCCAACAAAGAAGUAUAGCGCACAUUGUGUGCAAUUUCGUCGACAUAAAUACUUUUACUUGAAUAUCAUUUUUUACAAAUAUUUUGCUAUACAAUGUCAGUUUAUUGUGUUUACUCAAUAAAGAUAUCUAUAUGUUGAUAGUAUCUUUAUUUGAUAAGCAUAAACAUCACCGUGAUUAUAUAGAGUAUAUAGUAAAUGUAACAUAAUGGGCCUAAAAAAUUGCAAACUGUUGCCAAAGGCCAUCCUAAACCAGAAAUAAAACACUGAAAUUGUGUUACUUGAGUAUGGCUGUACAUAAGUCCAUUUGAGGAAAUUUGGUUUAAGGUGGUCCUCUUGUUGAAAAUGGCUAAAAUAUGACAAAAAUCGUUCUCAAAAUUUACCUCGAGAUUUAGCAGCCUGUCAAACGUUAAACCUUUAAACUUACAUGCCUGGGUGGCCUAGUGGUUUAGUUGCUUGGUAAACUUACACCUAAAGCAUGCAUU